UUGAGGUGAGAAGUGAAUUCUGAGUCAUCACCUGCUCUACUGGAACAGCCUGUGCCUGAGCAGCAAGCUGAGGGGUCACUGUGUGUGUGGACAGGAAGUGGAAUCAGUGACUUCUUACAUGAUUUCCUUUGUGACAACUGAUGGAGUGACUCUCCCUUCUUGAUCUAGCCUGUAACCCACAGAUUUUCAGGAGUUUCAGGUUUCACAACUGGAAACCAGAAUGGGACAACACCUCUUUCUUGUUGCAACUGACCAAGUCCAGCCUGUUCUCUAACAGCUGCUUUGGAAAUAGAAGACAGAAGGAAGGGGGUAAAGUAAUUGUGGGCCAGGCUGAAAUGAAAAGGCUGUUACUUACUAGCUGUGUACCUCUGGGCAAGUUUCUGAAAUUGAGAAUGAUGAUGUGAUGAACCACACUAAAGAGGAUUUUUAAAUGAUCACUAUGAAAUUCACAGUGUAAGACUCACCUGGGAUGCUGUAUGUAAAUGUGUACCUUGUAAAGUGCCGUGACAUAGAAUAGUGCAUCAUCCACCCUCUCACCCACCAUCCAUUUAACUAACAAUUAUUCAUCACCUAUUGUGUGUCAGGCCCUGUGGAAGCAAACUGAAUGCCCACCAGCUCUGUGGAGUGUUCUUGUUGUUUGGGAGGGGGCGUUAGAUGGAGUGGUUGAAGCGUGGGAGGUCACAGGGAGCGACCAUAGUGGCUUAUCUACAAAGGAAGAUAAGACAGUCUCUGCUGUUGAAGAAAUGAGUCUAGCCAAGGAGAAAAGGAAAUGAACAAUGAGAAGGCCCAGUAAGCGUGUGUUUAUGCACAGGAUGCUGUAAGAACCCAAAGGAGGGCCAGAGGUUUUUGGGGGGAGGGCAUAGCAAGUUAGUGAGAUAUAACAUGUCCUAAAUCAGACAAAAUAGUAGAGACUGAAAACUCUAUCAAAAGUACCAUUUUGAAAUGUAAAGAUUGGAGGACUUAAAACCAGAACUGAGUUUAAAACAAGGCUCUGACAAUUGCUAACCCUUUGCUAUUGGGCAAAUCCCCUAAUUCUUCACACUUUGCUUCUUCAUCUGUAAAAUGAGUUUAAAAUACUCGGUGGAAUUCUUCGAGGUUUAACUUAGAUUUAAUAUGCUGUGUAUGCAAGCUAGUGUCUUUUGGUAUUAAAAGGUACUUUCAAUAUAUGUUCUUUUUUAAGCUAUACGUAUAAAAAGUUGUAAUUUAGUCUAAUGGAUCUCAGUCACUGAUUUCUGUUUUGUUCUGAAUAGUGCAAUUCUUCAGACUUGAGGUUAGCUAUUGUUCCAUGGCAUUUCUCACUUGUUCAGGCAUCCCAGACACUGGAGAUCUUUUCAUGGCGUUUGGGUUGUGAGCACUAAUUGGAAGGAUGGGCUGUCUAGCAUAGUACAUCGAUUGAGAGGGUCUUGUCUGGGUCUGUUCUGUCUUCACCCCGCCUCUCAAAGCAAGCUAGCCCUUCUGCUUUCCUCUAUCCUAAGUAAAUGAAUAAAAGGAAGAGAAAGCUAUGCAUUUGCAUGGUUGAGACCAUAAAAAUCACCCCUACCAGCUGGGUAGUAGACUUACCGGGGUGAUCACUUCAUAAGAAACAAGUUCCCGGAAACUGUGUCUCAGUGGAUCAUGAACUUUUAUUCAGCCAUGGAAAGUCCAGCCACCACUUUCGUGUGAGAAUCACAUGCCUUAGAAGGACAGGGACUCUGACGGACUGUUUUGUAUUUUGGCCUGGAGCUCAUUUGCAGUGACAGCGUAUCAUGCAUGCCACUAAUUCCAGGGGACGCUCCCCUGCUUUCCUGCAACCUCAGAAUGGAAAUGGCCAUCGCUCGUCCGGCUAUGUUCCAGGGAAGGUUGUCCCACUGCGUCCCCCUCCUCCUCCAAAGAGCCAAGCUUCAGCCAAAUGUCCCCCCAUCAGACAGGAAGCCCGGGCCAGCUUUGCUUUCUCACCUGAAGAGCAGCAAGCCCAGGGAGGAAGCCAGAAGCAGAAGAGGCAUAAAAAUACUUUCAUUUGCUUUGCUAUCACUAGCUUCUCAUUUUUUGUUGCACUUGCAGUCAUUUUAGGAAUAUCCUCAAAAUACGCUCCAGACGAGAACUGCCCAGAUCAAAACCCUCGUCUCAGGAACUGGGAUCCAGGACAAGAUUCUGCAAAGCAAGUUGUUAUCAAGCAGGGAGAUAUGUUCCGUCUGACCUCAGAUGCCACAGUGAAUUCUAUAGUCAUUCAGGAUGGAGGGCUGCUUGUAUUUGGGGACCAUAAAGAUGGAUCCAGAAAUAUUACUUUGAGGACUCGUUACAUCCUGAUCAAGGAUGGUGGGGCGCUUCAUAUUGGAGCAGAAAAAUGCCGCUAUGCAUCCAAAGCGACAAUUGCCUUGUAUGGCAAGUCCGAUGAAGGUGAAAGUAUGCCAACAUUUGGCAAAAAAUUUAUUGGUGUGGAAGCCGGCGGGACACUGGAGUUACACGGGGCACAGAAGGCGUCGUGGACGUUGCUGGCGAGAACUCUGCACGCCUCAGGCCUGACCUAUGGCGCCUAUGCCUUUGAGAAGAACUUUUCCAGGGGCCUCAAUGUGAGGGUCAUUGACCAAGACACAGCCAAGAUUUUGGAAAGCGAGAGGUUUGACACCCACGAAUACCACAACGAGAGCAGGCGACUUCAGGAAUUUCUGAGGGUCCAGGAUCCGGGACGGAUUGUUGCUAUAGCUGUUGGAGAUUCAGCAGCCAAGAGCCUCUUACAGGGAACCAUACAAAUGAUCCAGGACCGGUUGGGAAGCAAGCUGAUCCAAGGACUGGGCUACAGGCAAGCUUGGGCUUUGGUUGGUGUCAUCAACGGUGGAAGUACUUCUUGCAAUGAAUCUGUGAGAAACUAUGAAAAUCAUAGUAGUGGAGGAAAGGCUCUUGCCCAGAGAGAAUUUUAUACUGUGGAUGGUCAGAAGUUUGCGGUGACAGCUUAUAGUGAAUGGAUUGAAGGUGUUUCUCUUUCAGGUUUCCGGGUGGAAGUCGUGGAUGGCGUGAAGCUUCACCUGCUUGAUGACGUUAGUAGCUGGAAACCCGGAGACCAGAUCGUGGUUGCAAGCACAGACUACUCCAUGUACCAGGCCGAGGAGUUCACGCUGCUCCCCUGUCCCGAGUGCAGCCGUUUCCAGGUCAAAGUCAAAGAAACCCCGCAGUUCCUGCACAUGGGUGAGAUCAUAGAUGGUGUAGACAUGAGAGCUGAGGUUGGAAUUCUCACCCGGAAUGUUGUAAUCCAAGGAGAAAUGGAAGAUUCGUGCUAUGGUGAAAACCAGUGCCAGUUCUUUGAUUAUGAUACCUUUGGGGGACAUGUCACGAUAAGGAAGAAUUUUACUUCAGUCCAUCUUUCUUAUGUGGAAUUGAAACACAUGGGCCAGCAGCAGCAGCUGGGACGGUACCCCGUUCAUUUUCACCUGUGUGGGGACGUGGAUCACAGGGGAGGUUACAGACACAGAACAUCUGUGGACGGACUCUCUAUUCAUCACAGCUUCUCCCGGUGCAUCACUGUGCAUGGGACAGAUGGCUUGCUGAUAAAGGACACCAUUGGGUUUGACACACUGGGUCAUUGUUUCUUCUUGGAAGAUGGAGUUGAACAGAGAAAUAUUUUGUUCCACAAUCUGGGACUCCUCACCAAGCCGGGCACCCUCCUUCCCACUGACAGGAAUAACUCCAUGUGCACCACAAUGCGACAAAAAGUGUUUGGCAAUUACAUCCCUGUGCCUGCCACUGACUGUAUGGCUGUUUCAACUUUCUGGAUUGCUCAUCCCAACAACAAUCUGAUUAAUAACGCAGCUGCAGGCUCACAGGAUGCUGGAAUAUGGUAUUUAUUUCACAAGGAACCUACUGGGGAGUCCAGUGGAUUGCAGCUGUUAACGAAACCAGAACUUACUCCGUUGGGUGUGUUUUAUAACAACAGGGUCCAUUCAAGCUUUAAGGCUGGCUUAUUUAUUGACAAAGGUGUCAAAACAACCAUUGCUAGUGCUGCUGACCCCCGGGAAUACCUCUGUUUGGAUAACAACGCAAGGUUUCGGCCUCAUCAGGAUGGUGACCCUGAAAAGCCACGUGUUGCUGCUUUAAUUGACAGGCUCAUUGCUUUUAAAAAUAAUGACCAUGGAGCCUGGGUCCGAGGGGGAGACAUUGUCGUCCAGAAUUCAGCAUUUGCAGAUAAUGGAAUAGGAUUAACCUUUGCCAGUGAUGGAAGCUUUCCAAGUGAUGAAGGUUCUAGCCAGGAGGUAUCUGAAUCUCUCUUUGUUGGAGAAAGCAGGAAUUACGGCUUUCAGGGUGGUCAGAACAAGUAUGUAGGCAUGGGAGGAAUAGACCAGAAGUCUCGGACAUUACCCAGGAAUAGGACAUUCCCAAUUAGAGGCUUUCAGAUUUACGAUGGGCCCAUUCAUCUCACCAGGUGCACUUUCAAAAAAUAUGUGCCAACUCCAGAUAGGUAUACCAGUGCUAUUGGCUUCCUCAUGAAGAAUCCCUGGCAGAUAACCCCCAGAAAUAACCUCUCCCUUGUGAAGUUUGGUCCACAUGUCUCUCUGAAUGUCUUCUUUGGAAAGCCUGGCCCCUGGUUUGAAGAUUGUGAGCUGGAUGGUGACAAGAACUCCAUAUUCCACGACACUGAUGGCUCUGUGACAGGAUACAAGGACGCUUACGUGGGAAGAAUUGACAACUACCUGAUCCGCCAUCCUAGCUGUGUGAACGUUACCAAAUGGAACGCGGUGAUCUGCAGUGGGAGCUACGCCCAGGUCUAUGUGCAGACAUGGAGCACUCAGAAUCUGACAAUGACCAUCACACGAGAUGAGUACCCAUCCUACCCGAUGGUGCUUCGGGGCAUCAACCAGAAGGCAGCCUUUCCCCAGUACCAGCCGGUGAUCAUGCUGGAGAAGGGCUACACCAUCCACUGGAACGGGCCAGCGCCGAAGACUGUAUUUCUAUACCUCAUAAAUUUCAACAAGAAUGACUGGAUUCGAGUUGGCCUCUGCUAUCCAUCAAACACAAUUUUUCAGAUUACUUUUGGCUUUUUACAGCGGCAUAAUGGCUCGUUAUCCAAAAUGGAAGAUUAUGAGCCUGUGAACUCACUGGAAGAAUUGCAGAGGAAGCAGUCUGAGAGGAAAUUCUAUUUUGACUCCGGCACGGGGUUGCUGUUCUUGUAUCUCAAAGCCCAAGGCCGCAGGGAUGGCCACAGUUACUGUUCAUCUCAGGGAUGCGAAAGAGUCAGGAUCCAGGCGGCAACAGACUCAAAAGAGACCAGUAACUGCAUGGCCAAAGCAUAUCCCCAGUAUUACAGGAAGCCGUCAGCCCUCAAGCGGAUGCCGGCCAUGCUCACGAAACCCUGUCAAGGCUGCGGGACCCGCCAGGUGGUGUUUACUAGUGAUCCUCAUAAAAGCUACCUCCCCGUGCAAUUCCAGUCACCCAGUAAAGUGGAGACUCAGCGCGGAGACCCGUCUGUCAUCUCUGUCAACGGCACCGACUUUGCCUUCCGAAGUGCGGGUGUCUUUCUCCUCAUCGUGGAUGCCUGCAGCGUCCCCUUCCGGUUGAUGGAAAAAAAGUUUUUCUCUCUUGCUGAUGUCAGCCUCAUGGGAGAGUAUUUAAAAACAGGCAUCCCUCCAAGGUCUGUUGUUCUGUUGAGCACAAGAGGAGAAAUAAAGCAGUUGAACAUUUCAGAUUCAUUAAUACCUCUGGGAUUAGCCAAACCAGCUCAUCUUUCUAACAAAGGGAGCACCAUAUUUUUGGGAUUCAGCGGAAACUCUAAACCAUCAUGGACUAAGCUAUUUACCAGUCCUGCUGGACAGGGCCUUGGGCUGCUGGAACAAUUCAUACCUUUGCAGCUGGAGGAAUAUGGUUGUCCCAGAAUCGGCGCUGUCCGCAGGAGAGACCUGGAGCUGUUAAAGCAAACUUCAAAAGCACAUUAGAGACUAACUGUAACUUAAGUGCUGGGGGAAAAAAUGUGAACUAACUUAUUUAAUUUAUGGCAUUUUAAAAUGACACUGUUAACCCAACGGAACCAUUUUCCUGUUUGAUACAGAGAGGGGAGAAAAGAAAGAGUUUAAAGUGAUUGCUUGAAUACCAGCUCAUGCACCUUGUAGUUGUACAAAAUGUUAAGAAUUUAUUUGUAUCUGUUAGGCUGGUAUAUUUAGAGAGCAGUUCUCUUACUCCUCACCUUCCACCCCUGUGUUUUGUAGUGACCACAAGCAGUGCUUCUCCUUCCGUACUAUGGGAUGUCGUGGGGUGGGGUGGGGUGGGGUGCGGUGAGGGCUUCUGAGAAUCAGCCUGAGUCCCUGAGAGGACCGGCUCUUGUAGCACCUUGGAUACUUGAAGUCUAAUGCUCAGUGUGUCAUUGACUUUGGGUCAGCAGCUGACUUGGGUGGCUGGCAUGUUUAGUGAUGCCUUGGGCCCUGGUUCUGGGCAGCCUUUGAGGAUUUUGUAUGAUCCUGAACGAUAGAAUUUUAAGUGGCAACUCAGGCCCAGCUCAUGCCCAUUUUUUGCCUGGACAUGUGCUAUUUUUAUUCAUUUGUAUAUCAAUUCCUUCUAAGGGUUCUCCUUUCCAACAGGAAGUAGUGCAUUGGGACAAAGGGCUUUUAGGGAUUAGACAUCCCUUUAAUCUGUGACCAUUGGGCAAAACUUUGACCUACACCAAGGUCUGUUGGGACCAUUUUUUAGCUUUAAUCCUUUAACUGUUUGGACUGUAUAUUUGUGUUUAAAAUGCAGACCUGAGCUGAAUAUUUACUUACUCUUUUUUUUUUUUGAAAAAGAAGAAGCAGGCUGUUUUCCUGAACUGUAAACUCAAGUCAUUUCAACUUGCACAAAGGAAGUCUGUUCUUAGAGUUGCUCCUGCACCCAGGUUUUUUUUUGUUGUUUUUGUGUGUAGAUUUUUUUUAAAGCUUUUCUGCUCACCAUCCUGCCAAGAAAACGGCAGAAAGCUUAAUGAUACCCCAAAAUAUUGUACUCAGGGGGCAGAAAAAGGGGAGAGCCUUUUAAGGGUCAGAUCACAGAGGGGACAUUCUGAAAUGAACGUCGUCAUCGUCAGUCAUCUUAAUUAAAUUGUUAGAGCCGAUUUUAAGAAGGUGCCACGGCGCCCUCUUUGCCUUCCCCUGGCUGCAUGCAUCUCCUGCCCAUGAGGAUUGCAUGAGGCAAAAGGAGAUGGGCUCCUGGCCCGGGACACCACCACACCAAGAGUAAAGAAGCAUCAGAAUGCCUUUACCUUCUCCUAAUCCCACAAUGCAUGAUGCGUAGUGGAGGAAUGGCCACAGCGAGAUAGUAGGAAGUGUGUGCAGGCUGACUUUGGCCAUGAGUACAGACAAACUCACGUUCCUCUUCCAAGAGCCUCGGCUGAUGGCCCAUCCCUUGUGUCCAGGAGAGACUGCAGAGCAGCUCUGUGACUUCUGUUACUUUAUGACACAUGCUACCUCAAAGUGCUACCGAUAAACCUUUCUAACUGUAAGUGCUCUUCCUGAGGGCACACGUCUUAAUCAAAGUGUAGGGGGGGAUUUGUUUGUUUUGUUUGUUUUGUACAGUGAUGAAUGAGAUCUUACCUAUUAAGUGUAUUAUUGGAUCAUGGUUCCUGAAGGGGAUUAGUUUGAGUGUGUGUGUGUGUGUGUGUGUGUGUGUGUGUGUGUGUGUGUCUGUGUGUUUUAUGACGUAAAUAUUUUUGUGUGUGUGUUUUUUAGAGUUUGGCUCUUUAAAGAUUUGGAGAGAAUAUGUAAUAUAGUUCUAAGGCACUCAGUUUUUUUCUGAUUUAUAUGCUAAUUAUCAGCCCUAAGUUAAAUAAAUAAAAAUAUGUGUGCAUGUA